UAAUUGGCGGCAGUCCCAUCAUGAGGGUGUUCAACAAAUCUGUCCUAAUAGUACUGGCUAACCAGUGCUAUCCCAUCCCCUUGUUAAAACAUCCACGCUAUCCUCUACCUCCAGGCUGUGCAAGCGGACACAGUUGUCAUCGGUGCGAGUUUUGUGCACGCGAUGCGCUUGAUUGAUGUUGAUGCCUUCUUGGAUCGGGAGUUAAGAAUUCGCGAUGAAACUCUAUCUUCCGUCGAGGUUCUGAAAGAGCUCGACGAUGCAAGCACAGAUUAUGCGAUAUUGUCACAUCGCUGGGGCGAUGAAGUGAGCUACGAAGAGGUGAUACAGCUAACAAAGAUGGACAACAGAGACGAGAUACGAAGGCGCAGUGGUUACCUGAAGAUCAUGAAGAGUUGCGAACAGGCGAAAAGUGACGGCCUCAACUGGCUAUGGGCAGAUACUUGUUGUAUCGACAAGCGGAGUAGCUCAGAGUUAUCGGAGGCUAUAAAUUCAAUGUUCCGAUGGUACGAAAACUCGAAGCGGUGCUACGCUUACCUUCAUGAUACUUCUGUCUUUCCCACGACGCGCGACUGCGCGAGCUUUCGAGGGUCUAAUGGCUGGCCAGAGUGGUUUUCGCGGGGCUGGACGUUACAGGAGUUGAUAGCGCCGAAGGACAUCCAGUUCUUCAACCGAGAUUGGAAACUCAUCGGCGACAAAGGCAGCCUUGCGUCUAAAUUACAGGAAAUCACCCGGGUCCCGGUCAGUGUCUUAAAGAGUGGAUUAUCUUCACAACGGUUGAGUGUUGCUCAAAUCGUAUCCUGGGCUGCCGACAGGAGGACCACCCGAAUUGAGGAUCGCGCAUAUUCGUUGAUGGGUCUACUGGAUGUCAACAUGCCGAUGUUGUAUGGAGAAGGGAAGAAAGCAUUUCAGCGUCUACAGCUCGAGGUUAUUCGUAUGUCCAACGACCAGAGCAUCUUUGCCUGGGACCCGGAAGGAAAGAAUCGGCAGACUACCAGUGUUCUUGCCGACGACCCAAGUCUUUUUCGGGAUUGCCAUGACAUCGUCAAGAUGGUGCCAAUGGAAUUUAAUGAGGAGCUUCCAUCUCUGUGGAAGUCGGAUGAAGAAUUCUUGACAAUGCCGGAGGACCAAGGAUCCCUGGCAUUUACCGUCACCAAUGCAGGAAUCCAGAUAUGGCUUCCGCUUUUACCUUACUGGGGCUGCCCUUCACUUUUCCAGGCGGCAUUAGCAUGUCGGAGAGAGGGCAGUAGGGUGCCAAUGACCAUUGACUUGGCGUCCUCAAAAUCCAGGCAUUACAGGUAUUUCGGGGCGACUGCGAGACCAAAGCCCUCUCCGGAGUUGGGACAACUCUACCUUGCUUACCGGGCAGAGCCGCGCCAUGAUUUCAUUUUCAAGGUUGACGACAGGACAAUUCCCUAUUAUGGUUUCUCCCGCCGCGACGUGUUGCCGAAAGAGGUGGUCUCCACAGAGGAUACCAUUACACUAUCACGUGCAUGUCCUCUUGCCGUCAUACUCUAUGCCAAUGGUAAACCUAAUGGUUACUUCGCGGUUGCGUUUGGUCACUGCUUUGGCCAAGAUUGGGUGCAUGUUAUUGCUGAUGAACAGGGAUCAUCGCCGCCGUCCGAUGCUAUUGGAGUGUAUGACCGUAUGUGGAACGCAGGUGCAGAAUAUGCCCGACGUAUGGGGGAAGCCCGCUUGGGUACUCACUCGGGUUCACAACGUGAGCCGCAUCGCAUCAAGCAUAGUCAUCUGAAAGAGUCUAUUUUUGGCGUGGAGGUUGUCUGUGGCAAGUCGGAGAAGUCAGACCAUUGCAAAGUUACGAUUGACGUCGUCAAAUGCCCCGGCUGCUGCCAGCAGCCACUCGAGUGGGAACUUACAUAUAGAAUCGGCGACGGCGAUACCCCCGGUCUUAUGUUGCCGCUGACUUAUUGGCUUAUCAACCUUGGUCAUCAUCGUCUGUUGGUGGAUGGGGUGGCUGCGAAGUUUGUUCUUUCGGAAACUCUCCAGGGGACCCAGGUGUGUCGUAAUCCAUCAAUCCGAUCAGUCGAUCCUGAGAGAAGCAGCUGGGGGACUACGGUGAUAUUCAGCAGCACUCCCACGGAUUUAUGCAUCGCCGAGGGAACAUCUUCGAAGAUCUUCACCUACUCCAGCCUGAACUUAGACUGUAUCCGGAUGAUCCAGACCUCAAGCCUGUGGUACAUAGAAUCAGCGGUGAAUCUGGAGCGGGUACUGAUGACCAGGAUGUGACAAGUAUGAUCGGUGAUUCAGGGACAGACCCUGCACUCAUUCUGCGCCGUCCAAUUGGCCUGUCUCUUCCAAAUACUCGGGCUGUUGCAAUCCUGCUGAGAGCCUUGUCUGCUCGUAGCAGCAACUACGCUUUGGUAACAACGGUUAUACGUUGUUCUGCAUGCCGCCCAACCGAUAAGUUCAAGGACAAUCUGGCAAAAAACUCUUGGGGUUACUCUCAUUUCUGGAGAACUUAUUCUCCUGUUGAAUUUCC